UCGGUCGGGUUGCGGAUUGGCUUGGGUCCCCCUUCUCGAGGAGGAUGAUGACACCUUCAGCUAGUCACGACUGAGAGGCAAUGCUGUCAAAUUGAGUUGCUUCAUCUUGCCAUUUUCUCCUCCAUCCUGCUCAGCUCUCUUGGAAAGUGGACCACACCCUUCUACUCCCUGGAGAGCUGGUAGCCUCUGUAGUCAUGGGGCCUGGCCUAUUACUGGCAUCUCUGUUCUGUGUGUGCUUCUUGCUGCAUGAGGUGGAUUCUCUGAGCCUCACUGAGAACCCUAAGAAACAGAAGGCAGAGCACAUGCUCCGCAUUAAUGAGGUCAAUGCAGAUAACCCAGGGAUCGACACCUUGGAGUAUGUGGAGUUGUAUCACACAAGUGGCCAGCAGACCCCUCUAGAUGGCUACUCCUUGGUCUUUUACAAUGGCAAGGGCAAUAUGGCCUACAAAGUCCAGGAUCUCGGGGGCUUUUCCACCAAUAACCAAGGCUUCUUCCUCUUGGGGUCCUCUACGGUCAUUCCAAAACCAUCGGUGAUCCUGCCUAACAACACAAUCCAGAACGGGCCAGAUGCUAUUGCACUCUAUUUUGGGGCAAAGAAGCUGCAUGAGGGAAUGACCAUCACCAACGAAGGGCUGGUGGAUGCUUUGGUCCAUAAGUCUAAAACGAGUGACAGAGCGGAUGAGCUUGUCCGUGUUCUGACCCCGGGUGUGGAGCCUUUCCUGGAGGACCCUUUCUUCAGGACCACAGAUGAGGCACUGGAGAGAUGCCGAGGGACAGAUUCUCAUUGGUUCUUCCAAGCGGGUGCACCUACCCCAGCCAUGGAUAACCACUGCAUCCCUUUUUCUCAGCUGAACGAAUCGGACGUGUUGAUCAAUGAGGUUAACAUCGUUUCGUCCCCUGGAGAGUUUGAGUUUGUCGAGCUGCAAGGCCGUCCUUCAACUCAAGUAGAUGGACUGGUACUGGUGUUGAUUGAGGGGAGUACCCAAGAGAUUUACUUUGUGAUGGAGGUGCAUGGCAAGACGUCCCCUGAUGGGCUGCUGCUUCUUGGCCCAGGCCAGUUCAACUCCUCAGUUGACCUGCCAUUCCCCCAGAACUCCAGAAGACCCCUCCUCAGGGCAGGUGCCAAUGCUGUUGCCCUGUACAGAGGGACCCCUGCCAGCUUUGCUGUGGGGUCUGCUGUGUCAGCAACAGACCUCCUGGAUGCCUUGGUGUACUGUACAGAUGAAAGUGCUGAAUUGAAGCUGCAGCAUGUCUUGACUCCCGGGAAGCCCCUCUUCCAUGCAAGAGAGAGGUCCCAGCAAAAUGAUACAUCUGUGAACCGCUGUGUCUGUUGCUCCAUCGCCCGGGAUCCCUCCGUUUAUGCUCUCGGCAAGCCCACGCCUGGGCAAUUCAACGACUGUCCCAAGAGACGCUUUGGGCAAACCAUUUCCUUCUGCCUUCAAGUUGCAGAUUGUCAGGAAGAGUCCCUGGAGAAAAGCAAAGUACAGAUGUUUUUGUCCCAAGCCCUGGAUAAACGAUGCAACUGUGGAGUAUCUCCUGCUUAUUUCAAAGAUCCUGCUGUAGCCUGUCAGGGCCCACAACUGGUUGUCACUGCUUUCCUGACUGCCAGGUCGACAGAGCAACUCAGCAGCCUGCUGAAGGCCUUCUCGCUUCUCAUUGAGAGCAAGGAGGUGCUGCACUUUGGGAAAUGGAAUGGAACGGUGGUGAAGGCUUGCUUGAGAGAUGCUAACAUGACAGACGGGCCUCCAGUGGUCGUGCCGGAAAGGACAACCAAAGCAACUCCCUUGACCGAUCUGCUUAUCAACGAAGUGAAUUCGGACAACCCGGGAGGCCGAGAGGACACUGAAUAUAUCGAGCUCUUCUAUCCUGGAGAAGCACCGGUUGCUCUCCAGGGCUACUGGCUUGUGCUUUACAAUGGGAAGAACAACUUGGCUUACAAGGUGAUAAACCUGACGGGCUACAGUACUGACAAGCGAGGCUACUUCCUGGUGGGUAGCACUGGGGUGACCCCCAAGCCCCAGAUAGUCCUGCCUGACAAUACCAUCCAGAACGGACUGGACGCUGUGGCUCUCUACCGCAGCAAUCCCAACGCCACCUACAAAAUGAACAUGCCCCUAACCAAUGUGGGGCUGGUGGAUGCCCUCGUCUACAAGGCCCGGGGCUCAGACAAUGCCGACAAGCUGCUUGCUGUUCUUGCCCCAGGCCAGAGGGUCCUGCUUGAAGAUGAUUCUCACAGCAGCCAAGAUGAGUCCCUCAGCAGAUGUCACAGCCUGCGGCCAAGAGACCACAGCAGCUUCCAGGUGACAGAAAUGACUCCUUCCAAGGAAAAUACUUGCCCACCUCCUGGCUCAAAUUUCACAGAGGAAACGCCCCAGAACCACUCAGUCGUAAUCAAUGAACUAGGCAUGGCCAACCACUCCAUUCUGUACCGAUUCAUUGAGCUGAAAGGGAAUCCUGGUGUCAGCUUGAAAGGGUACACGCUGAUGUUCUUUUCCGGGCACAAUGCCAUACCAUACAGCACUAUUCAUUUGCAGGGCACAUUUGGAAGCAAUGGUUUGUUCCUCAUCUUGCCAGAAGGACAGUCCAAGACUAUCAAGGCUCACGAGCAACGAGUGAUGCCCUCUGUUUGGAGUAAUCCCUCCUUGCAACAAGUGAGCCAUUCUGUGGCACUCUCCAGGCAUGCUCUUAAUGGCACUGUGGAGGAGCACCUCAAAGAUGUUGCAGUUUAUACAUGGGAGAUGGGUGCAAGCCAAGCUCAUCCUCGUCUUUCUGAACCGAUCCACUUUGUAUCUAGGGAAGGAGCCAGACCGCUGUCCUUGAGCCGCUGUCCCUCCUGUGACAAAAUCUAUGCCGUCUCUGACCCCACUCCUGGCCUGGAGAAUCACUGCCCACAGGAAUCUCUCUUUCUGAAUCUUGAAAUCUGCCUGCUGACCCCCAAUUGUUCCAUGUGGCCUCAGAACCCACAGGUGUUGGCAAGUCUCCAGCAUGCAUUAGUGAGAUCCAUGGAGGAGAGCUGCUUCUGUGGCAUCUGCCAAUGCUAUCUACACGGGGUUACGUUCACCUGCCUUAAUUCCACCCUGAAAGUCUCUGGCCAGGUGUGGGCCAGGUCACCUGUGCAGCGUCAGCGCCUCGUUCAGUGGCAUUCUCACUUCUCCUCAAGUCCCCACCCCUUUGCCGUGGACGGGAAGCCCCUCAAAGCGAAUGCUGCAUGCGCAUCUCUGGGAAAAACAGCGCAGAGGUCUGAGGCUUCAUUUCAAGCCUGGGAGAUUGCUCUCACAGUUGUGGGGUCCAUCUUUCUUGUACUGCUGUUAGCUGGCGCAGCUUUCUAUUGCAUCAAAAGACGGCCUCAGAAUUACACCACCAUUGAGCUCAACGACCGCUGUGAGUUUAUGGCAGACUUCUGACUCCCGUCGGAACAGCCUUCACCAGGAAAAGGCUAUUUCUGUAACUGAUGAGAAGCAGCAAAAACCUCUGAAAAGCAGCUGUGCUGGUUGUCCAGCAUUUGCACACAUGGACCAAGAAUGUAACAUUGGACAUUUGAAAAGCCCAGGGUUUAUUUAUUGUUGUUUACUUCCCAUCCUUAGUGGGAGAUGCAUGAAACUGUGUUUCCAGGACAAUUUCUGCUUUGUAUCCCCACUGCUCUUGAGUAACUGGUGUGUGUGUGUGUAGUUUUGCAGAUUUUCAUAGUGAACAGCCUUGAUUUUGCUUUGUAUUGUGUAUGCAGGGUUAUAAUUCUCUUCUAGCGGUGGCUGGUCCCCAUUGGGACUGGUAGGGCAGAAAGUAGGGAGGGCCAACAGUAGGUGGCGCUAGAACCAAUGGCAUCUUCCGUUUAAAAGGACCAAAGAUCAGGUGCUGUGAAAGGCAUCUGCCAAGAAGCUGGAGUGCUGCUGCCAGUCAAGAGAAGAAAGUACUGGGCUAGAUGGGCAGAGAGUUUGAUUUCAUAUAAGGCAAGGGCUGUGGGUCAGUGGUAGAGCACAUCUUAGCAUGCAGAAGGUCCCAGGUUCAAUCCCUGGCAUC